UGAUUUCAACAACGGAUCACUUCAUUGAAAUCAUAUUAUCUGAAAGGAUGGCCAUCUUUGUGCUAGGGUUUGUUGCUCUUUUUGGAUAUUGCUUUUGUGCUUCAGUGGAAGUCAACCAAUGCGUAACAAAUUUGGAUGACGUGAUUGCGCAGACAAAUUUUGACAUUAAACAGUUUGCCGGAGUAUGGUAUACUCACUCAGGAACAACUUACAUGUUUGGGGACGGCACGUGGGAUUCCAUGACAAAUAUUAUAUAUGUCCAUGAAGAUGAGUCCAUCACAAGGGUGGUUUCUGGACAUCCAAAAAAUACUGACAAAUGUAUGAUACAUCCGCGCAUUAUGACAAAAGAUGACACAGCAGAAUAUUCCGGAGUUCUGAUGCAGGGGACAAUGAAAUAUAAAGUAAUGUUUACUGACUACAGUUCUGCAGCUAUGUUUUUCUGUUUUGAUGUCCAAGCUGAUGGAACAUGUGUACAUGAGAAGGAACAAAUUGAAAUUUGGUCACGCUCAAUAGAUGAUAUGACAACAGAUACUAUGAACAAUCUGCUUUCAUAUUUUGGAGGAAUUAAAUGUACUGAUGUGAAAGACAUGAAAGUUAUGGUACAAGGUCACUGUGAAACUCCUUCUUCGACAGAACCAGAUAAACCAGGAGGUGGCUGUUAUUUCUCUCCUAAUGAAAGACACGUCACUCUUGCUAAGGAACGGCCUACUGGUGACUUCUACACUAUGAAUGUUGCUGUAACUGAAGGGGAAGAGGCAGUUAUAUCUGCUUAUAAAUUCACUUUAAGCCAAAACGAUAAUAUCGUAUAUGUCACGAGCUCUCAUCGAAGGGAUAACAGCUGCUCGGAAAUAGAGUUGGAGAAAUAUUUUAGAAUUUCAGAAGGUCAUUAUCUACAGAUAGGCAGUUCAGUUCCAAGAGAAAUUUGGAUAGCCGAAAUCGAAAGAAGUAUCAUUGGGUUGUUCAUAUGCUAUGAGAGAAAAGGAGGAAAAUGUACAAAAAGUCGAGUACAGCGUCUUGUUCAACAAAACCAACCUAUUAAUUUGGAAGUUCUAAAGAAGAUUGAAGACAGGCUUGUUGCUCACUUUUGCACGAAAUAUGAUAUAUACGUUGGUCAAAAUGCAGGGCUAUGCAGAGUUCCAGAUCUUAUCAACAGUAUUAUCUCAUUAAGUGAUACGCUGCUUUAUACCAAAGAAUCCAUACAUCACCAUACUACAUCAAGACUUGCUAGAAUGCAAAUUGGAUCUUGUCAACUUAGUAGUAUACCAGUUGAAGAGUCUCUUCAAUUAUCACAGCUAUCAGGACUUUGGUAUGAACUAGCAAGAUCAAUGAAUGUUGCAAACCAAUUUGAGUCUGCUGUGGUUUAUUUCCAAUUUCAAGAAGACGGUACAUUACAUAGUGCAUAUUCAGGAGCAAUUAACAACAAAUGCAGUCCUGCAAUUUCAAGUCAUACCAAGCAUUUAAAAGGCAGUGUACAUGAUGCAGAAAUGAUGGCCAAAUUACAUGGACCAGAUGAGGUGUUCAUUUGGAUGCAUUACAAAAUAGUAUAUUACGAUGGUACAUACUCUGUGCACUAUGGUUGCUUUGGAACUGAUGAUAAUGGUAACUGUAAGCAUGCAGAAGCAAGCUUGUAUGGUAGAAAGCGUACGAUAGAUGAAGCAACACGGGAGAGAAUAUUGUCACUAUUCCCUUCGUUGUGUUUAUCAACUGACUUCCUACAAGAUACAGUGCACAAUGUUGACUGUAGUGAUUGUGUUAUACCACAGACAGAUCAUAGCAUAAAUCCUGGUUACUGCAAUGUACAGGACAUUCCUGCGCAGAAAGUUAUCAGUUUGAAACAGAUGGCAGGCAGCUGGUAUGUGAUUGCUGCUACAAACCCUAUGCUACGUCGAAUUGAUUUGAGUCUACGUGAAGACAUCCUCAUAAUUGAAGGCUUUGGAAGAAAGGAUGGAGUAUGUACCCUGCUUUUCACAUACACUGGAACUAGCGUUUUGCAUAAAAAUAACGGGGAGUUUUUAACAACGUUUCAAAACCAAGAAUAUAGGGGAUACUUUACAGGCAAAGUAAUCUACACCGAUUAUCAAGUGGCAGUAUUAUAUCUGUGUGACGAUGAGACUAUACAGGGUGAAUGUUUGGAAUACAGAGUCUGCAUACUCAGUAGAACACAAACUCUUGAUUCAAUGGGACGUUUAUUGUUAGAAGCAAAACUCAAAUUACCAUGUGGAGAUCUAUCCUUGAACUUAACACAAAUUACAGAUCAUUGUGAAAAGGAACAAAGUUGUCGAAUUGAUGACAUCCAGGCAGUGGAAAAUCUUGAUAUCCGAAAGAUUUUAGGUAUAUGGUAUAUUAUUAUGAAUACGAACAAGCUGAAUACAAGUGACUCAUCUGCAUUAAAGUUCAACUUAGAUGAAGAUGGACAUAUCCAACUUAAGUUUACUACACUGCAGUCAGACGAAACAUGCGUGCAACCACCAUAUUAUUCUAACAUGAAAAGACGAAACAAUCCUGGUGAUUUCUUAUCCACAACACUUUCUAAGUAUAGUAAACCAGGAUUCCAUCCAUUUAAAAUACUGUUUACUGACUAUGAGAAUACCAUGGUAACAUACAUAUGUAUAGACAUUCAGGCGAAUGGACAAUGUGGUGGAAAAGGAAAACGUUUGUCUAUAUUAUCAAGAACUCAAUCUAUUACACCAGAGACAAAGAUUGGUUUUUUAAGAUUUGUGGACCAAGCUUGUGUAAACAGAAAUGACGUUAUUGAAGUAAAACACGAAGUGGACUGUUCAUCAGCUUUAUGACGAUAGUAAAAAGGCUUUAUUUGUCUAGAUAAACGUAUAAUGUUCGUUCUCUACAAUGUGAAGACUGCUGACGAUAUAUAAAAUAUUUAGUAUCUUUGAUAAUUAAUUUGAAAGAAUUACAAUCUGAAUGAAAAAAAUUCUACGAAAAAAAAACUUGCUUUGUAAGAUAUCCAUUGUAAUAUAAAUGCAUUGAUACUG